AUGUCGUGGCUCGCGCGCUCCAUUGCGGCCACCCUCUCCUCCGCCCCCGACGACGACGACGACGACGACGACCACUCCGAGGCAGCCACCGGCGACGAAACCCCGGAUCACGCCGCCAGCGCCGACGCCGAGGAGGACGAGCAGCCGGACACCCCCGGCCGCGGGGUCAAGGGCGACAUCUCCGAGCUGACCGAGUCCCUCACCCGACGCUUCUGGGGCGUCGCCUCCUUCCUCGCGCCGCCGCCGCCGCCGGCCGGGGCCGAGGCCGAGACGUCGACGGCGGCUGCUGAGGCGGAGGCGGAGGCGGAGGGAGAGUAUGGGCCCCAGUCCCCGCGGGUCGCCGGGAUCCGGAACGACCUGGCUGAGAUCGGGGGCAGGGUGAGGAGCGGCAUCUCGAUGCUGUCCAACGCCAACGCCGUGGCGGAGAUCUCCAAGAUCGCCUCGUCCUUCCUGCCUUUCGUGCCGGAGGAAGAGGAGGAGGAUGUGGAUGCGGUGGGCCUGACGGAGGAAGUGGUGGUGUUCGUCAGGCACAUCUCGACCUCUCCCGAGACGUGGCUCGAUUUUCCCCUCUUCGUCAACGACCGGCACGCCGAUGAUUUUGAACUGUCAGAUACACAAUAUGAACAUGCAUUGGCUAUAGAGCGUAUAGUACCAAGCUUAUUAUAUCUCAGAACCGAACUUUGUUCGACCAAUAUGAGUGAAGCAUGCUUUUGGAAGAUCUAUUUUGUGCUUCUUCACUCAAAGCUCAACAAGGAAGAUGCUGAACUUCUUUCAACGACACAAAUCCUGGAAGCAAGAGAAGAGUUAUUGCAAAGCUCCCCAAGGAUGAAAAAUGUAGCGUCUGAGGGUCCUGGGGGCCCAUCAGAAAGCAGCAAUGUUCUAUCUACCCAAGCUGAAGAUAAAGAGUUGUCACCCUCAAGCAUCCAAGACAAGAGUGGAAUGGCUGAAGCAACAUCUUUCCAAGAACCAACUCCUGAUCCUCUGCCAGGGGCUGAGGCUGACAAGCAUCCCAUUUCAACCAGCGAGCCGGAAAUUAUUGACAAGUCUGUAAUUGAAGAAGAGCUGGUGGUGAAAACUGAAAUCAAGAAUCAGGGUGACAAACCCAACCUGUACACCCCGGAGGACGACGACGACAAAGAAGUGGAGGAUUGGCUAGAGGACAUGGACCAUGCCGACAACAAAACAGGCAAUAUCACCUCGGUUGGGCAGGACGAAGACGUGUCAUUCAGUGACCUGGAGGAUGACGAUGAUGAUUAA